UUUGCUUUCUCUCUCUCUCUCUCACCUCCACCCGCUCCGAGGAGGAAUCGCUCAGUGAUUCAGGCGUUUCUCGUAUUAUCAGGCUAUGGAGAAUGGAGAUCCGUCUCUGGGGUUGGAAGAUGGGACAAUUGAUGUUGAGGAUCUGCUUGUGGAACCCCCACAAGACGGGCAUCUGUCGAUGGAUAAUGUCAUAUGUUUCGAUGAGAAGAUCGCAAAGAAUGCAAUGGCCAUAGUACCUGUUUCCUGCAGUUCUGGUGGGUCGGAUACUGGUAUUGCUCGGGAAGGGAAAGAUAUUCUAAAUGGAGAAGUACUCAAUGCAAUGCCUAUUGAAGCUGAAGAUGGAUACUUCCGACUAGAGAAUGAUUUUGUAACAUGGGUGAUGAGUACCUUCUAGGUGUUGAGUUUGCAGAAAGUAUUACAAAUUUGGAUUAUGGUUCAAGUGAAGGUUUGCAGGCUUUUGCCUCAGACUGUCAAAUUCAAGUGUCUACUGAUGGUUCUGACACUGGCUGUAGGUCGGAUCUAUAUAGAACAGGUGAUUUGCGGAAGUGCCAGACUAACCAGAAGGCUGAGAGCUCCAAAUUUGGUGGUACUCUUAUUCGCCGUGGGUGUGAAACAUUGGAUGAGGGCAACCCUACAGUUUCACCCAGAUCGUGUAGUU